UCAUUAUUGUUUUUGUUUUCAAGGUGAUCGGUUGCGUGGGUGGUGGCUCCGUGUCGCUAAAUUCGUUUCGAGAAGCUACAAAUUUAAAUUAAGUCGUAAUGAAAGAAUAGCCACACCUGUUUGACCUGCGAUUUACUUAUUUUCUCUACCAAGUGCAAAUGUUGGCUAUUUUUGUGAUGUUUUGGCAUUUAAAUACGUUAUAUUUGCAAAUUUAAGCAGAGUCCCCUAUCUAAAAAUUGUAUGUGUAUCAGUGUGCGUGAACCAAAGUAAAUUCAAAUUGCCAAUGCCAAUUGAGUGUGUAUGUGUGCAAAAAAUUGAAAUGCUAUUAAACAUUUGAGUUAUUAGCAAUCGGCAAUUAAAAUACAGUGCUUAUCAAAUUACUGACCGCUGUUAAAUUACUGCUCCAACUACACGCCGGGUAACGGUAACGCGUAGCGAAAAAUGACAACCACAACGCAGGUGGAGAUCAACACAAAUGCUGGCAUAAAUGCUGAUGCCACCACUACGAAUCCAAAUACCAACAACCUCAACAUGGUGGCAACUGCAACAAGUUCUAGUGCAACUUCCCCAGGAAUAUGUGGCAAUGUCACUAGCACACAGAGGGUUGUGGAAGCCACCAAGCGCAAGAAACUGAAAUCUCGCAGUGCCAACGCCUCGAACGCAACAUCAACACAAGCAGCAGCAGCAGCAACAACAACCACAUCAUUGGCCAAGAAUGUUGGCAAAAGUAAUGGAAAUGGUUUAAGCUAUUCCAAGGAGCAUUUGGAUGCUUGGCUAGAAAAUUGCCUAAGAGAUGCCACCCAGUUAUCAUCGUCAUCUGAAUUUCUGGACUUUAAUCCUCCAACGGUUAACAAUAAUAAGCAAAUCUUUGUGACUCAGCAGCAGCAGCAGCAACAACAACAACAACAGCAGCAGCAACAACAACAACAGCAGCAACAAUUUCUUAUGCGUUCCAAUUCGCAACCCUAUGGCAUGGGACCUAGCCCAUCAAUGCCCUUCAGCUUGGGCAUACAACGCCACUCGCAGGCUUUAAGUCACCGUUAUCCCAUGCUCUUUCCACCCCAAAGCCAUCAUAAUGGCUAUGGCUUAGCCUAUGGCGAUAGCGGACAAGACUUUGCCAGCUUACCACCGCUGGUCAAUAUGAUGGGCAGCACGGGUCCAGGCGGUAAUGGUAGUGGUGGUGGUCAUGGUGUUGGUGGUGGUAGUGGCUUACUGGCGAGUAAUUUGGAUCAUGAACAAAACUCUACAGAUGUUCUCGAUGGCAGUGGAAGCAAUCCGACCUUUAGUCGAGGCUUUCGUUUCAGUGAUCCCUGUUUGCUAAAUCCUUCGGACAAUGAUUCCAAAUUGAGUGGCCAAAAUACACCGGACCGAAGAAAUGGCAGCGCCACAAGUGGUGGCAAUGCUGCUCACCUUCAUGUGGCAGACGGGGACCAGCAACAAAAUAAAUUCUUUGCGGCUCUUAUGGAGCAGAUAAACAUAUUGCAUGAAACUAAUUCCAAGAUUUGUCGUAAUCUGCAUGACACUAAAGUCGAUAUUGAAGCUUUAAAGCACGCUCCCAAUGGCCAGCCCUGGGCUGGGGCUGGGGGCAUGCGGCACCGUAGAGAUAGCUUGAGCGGAUUAAGCACACAAAGUCAACCAAUGGUAUUUGGCGGUGGAUUCGGUGGCACACAUAGUCCGGCGCCCACCUUUCAUUCAGCCUACACACCCGGAAUGAUGACUGAUGUGGUGCGGGAGGUAAAGGAAGCAGCACGGGUGCGCGAAGAUGCCUUACUCAGUAGAGUCAAAUCCAUGGUGGAGGAGCGGCAAUGGACAUUGAACGAGGGCAAUGUCCGCACAUUGCGAGACAUUGAUGAACUAAAGUCCCAAGUGAUGCAGUUGCGCUUGGAGCGCAAGGAGACCAACAAACGUUUGUCACAUCUCGAGGCUGAGAACAAAUAUCUACGCCAGGCAUUUGCCAGCUGUUUCAAUCAGCGGCAAACGUUUCACGAUAUUAUCUACGAGAACGAGCGAGCCCAAAGAUCACGUAAACCGUUUCCCAAUGGAAGCACUGUUGGUGGUGGUGGCGGUGGCGGAGGCGGCAGUGGGGCCCGGCGGUCUCAAUCAUUUAAUCUGCACUAUGGAACCAUGCAUCAGACACCAACGCACACAACACAUUUACUCGAUGAGGAUGAUGAGGGCCAUGAGGAAAAGUUGCAGCCACCACAGCUAGAGGAAGAGCCAGCCGAAGAGGAUAGUGAGGUGCAGUCUGUGACGGCUAAAAAGCGACUCUCAACCUCCAGCAACGAUUCUCGCAACAAUGGCCUAAUCGCAGCAGCAGCGGCAGCUGCAACCGCCCAGAGUCCACCUACAUUUUCGUUGUUAAACGAGCAGGUGACUCCGUCAACGCCACCGCCUCUACUGCCCCGCAAAAAGGAGCACGCACAACUCAAACGCGAACUCAACGAAGCGGCCGCCGCACGUAAGGAGGCCAAUCAGCGUAUUAUAGCGUGGGUGUAGUCUAUGCUCUAUUCUGUCUUACUGUUUACUUUUUAACCCCAGCACCAUUUCUCAUAAUUUCGCCUGCAUGGACAUUACUCAUUUCACUCAAUGGCACCCACUACUAACCACAAACAAACUAACAUUCAUUUGAACAUUCACUCAAGUGACUAAUCUAAUGAGUCUCAAUGAUUUGUUUUUCUUUGGCGUUCUAUGUUCUAUUUUCCUACCAUGCCAUGCAGACUUGAAAAAUUGGUUAAAGACCUAAGCGCCCAGGUGGCCAGCCAACCAAAUUGGAAUCCCAGUGCAGCGCCGGCUAUAACUCCCAAAUUCACAGCGUCCGGUGGACCGAUUACGGACUUAUAGUUUUAGCUGACUGCCCCAGCCGAAGUCCAUGCCGCCAAAUCACCAAAUGAAACCAAGGGCAUCCGACGGGCGCGGCAAGUGCGCAUCACCCACUUAUAGCGGUCGGAUAAAGGGGCUAGCCUUCAGCGGCGGCCAAUGCACACAUUUCGUUUCAAAAUUAUUUAUAACUCAUUAACAUUCGUUUAAGAUAGAAAACCAAAAUUAUUUAUCACCAACAUAAACAUUAAGCCAAUUCUGGAGCCCUCCAUAUUCGUCUAAAAGUCCAACAAGUUCCACUCUACUCAAAUCCAAAGGGGGGAGGGAAUUCGUGCACAAUUCUCAUUUAUCCUGAUACUAAUUAUCAUUUUACUUGUAACUAAACACUAAUGGCGAAAACCGUGUACCUAUAUAACAAUUGAACAAAAAUCAAAAUCUAUGUAUAUCAUCCAUGUAACAAGAGAACUACUAUAUAGUAUAUAUUAUAAUGUUAAUCCUUGUUGUUUUGUGAGCGUAAAAGUCGAAUAGAAAUCAUUUAAAUUGAGUAUUCAAAAUAAAUAAUAAAUUAAGUGCCAUUUGAUACAAACA